CAAGAUGGAAAUGCAGGGGCCGACGGCUCAGCGGCAGCAAGAUGGCGGAAUCCGGCUUGUUGCGGAAACUCCGGUGGGUGAGGAGAGGCCCAGGCCGUACACAGAACAGGGGAGCGGCCCGCCAGUCUUUAUGGUGCUUAACCUUGCCCAGGAGAGCGGGCCCCGGGGGUCAGAGCAUUCGUCUGGGCCUGACCCGAGCUCGCAGCUGGGGACUUACGUGACGGUGAGGCUGGAGAAUGGGCUGCUGACCCUGGGGAGGCGAGAAGACCCCCAGCCCCCGAGUCCCCCGGCCCAGUUUAGCGGAACUGAGGCCUUAGGUGACUCUGAAAGCACCGAGCUAAGGGACACAGGUAACCGAGGAUUGGUACUGAGGGGCCAUAGAGACGGGGGCCUGGUGCGGUGGGCUCCUGUGAAUGAGAAUGUAGUGAUAAGAGGCCGCACAGAGGAGGACAUGGUUCUGACAGCCGCAGAGGAAGGGGGCAUGGUGAUGGGCGACACUGAAGAAAGGGACAUUGUGAUGGGAGGCACUGGGGUCGGAAGUAUGGCACGGAGGGGCAGCACAAGGGCUCAUGUGCUGAAUGACUCUGGGGACUUGGUGCUGAGGGACACAAGGGAUGAUGAGGAGGUACUUGAGGACACAGGGGAUGAGGAUGUGGAGCUGAGAAAUGAUGUAGUGUUGCGGGCCCCUGCAGAUGGGGACAUGGGAGACGAGCAGGUGGCCAGCUUCCUGGUGGAGGAGAUUGGGGAGCUGCAGGUGAAUCUAGGGGAGGCACUGGGCCUGGCCAGGAAGGGGGUGCUUCUGGUGUACCACUGCCCUGAGCCUGACUGUGCCAAGGCGUUCAACCGCAAGCAGCAGCUCAAGGUUCACCUGCUCAGCCACACUGAGGGCCAGCGCCCAUUCAAGUGCACAGUGGAUAGCUGUGGGUGGUCCUUCACCACCCUGUACAAACUCAAGCGGCACCUACAGUCUCAUGACAAGCAGCGGCCCUUCUCCUGCACAGUGACUGGCUGCAGCAAGAGCUUCACCACUGUCUACAACCUCAAGGCUCACCUGAAAGCCCAUGAGCAGGAGAACAUGUUCCGCUGUGACACCUGCGGAGAGUCCUUUCCCACUGCAACCAAGUUGGGUGCCCACCAAAGGACGCACUUUGAACCAGAGAGACCCUAUACAUGUGAAUUUCCUGGCUGUGACAAAACCUUCAUUACGGUCACUGCAUUAUUCUCACACCACAGAGCGCAUGUGCGUGAGCAGGAGCAGUUUGUCUGCAAUUUUCCUGGCUGCAACAAACAGUACGAUAAGGCUUGCCGGCUUAAAAUUCAUCUGCGCAGUCACACAGGUGAGAGACCUUUCAUCUGUGACUUUGAAGGAUGCGGUUGGUCCUUUACCAGCAUGUCCAAAUUGUUAAGACACAAAAGGAAGCAUGAAGAUGACCGGCGUUACCACUGCACUGUAGAAGGUUGUGGAAAAUCCUUCACCAGAGCUGAGCACCUAAAGGGUCACAGCAUCACUCAUCUGGGUACCAAGCCAUUUGAGUGCCCUGUAGAAGGUUGUGGGGCGAAGUUUUCUGCCAGGAGCAGUUUGUACAUCCACUCAAAGAAACACCUGCAGGAUGUGGACGCAGCAAAGACUCGUUGCCUGGUGUCCAGUUGCAGCAAGGUCUUUACCUCCAAACAGAGCCUGAAGUCACACAUGGUGAAGCAGCACAACUUCAGCCAAGAUCUACUGAGUCAGCUGGAAGCCACCAGCUCUCUUACACCCAGCAGUGAGCUCACAAGUUCAGGACAAACUGACCUCAGUAAUUUGGACCUUUCAUCUCUUUUCACCAACAUUACUUCUAAUGCAUCUGGAAUUUCACCUGAUCUGGCAUUGGUCAACUCUGGGAUACUAACAAUUGACGUGUCAUCUGUGGGAUCCACAUUGGGAGGUAACUUGACGGCUAACGCCACCUCUUUAGUGCAACCUGUGGAUCCCCUUGUAUUGGUGUCAAACAGUGAAAACCCUCACACCUUGGACAGCUCACUCCUGCUGGGAGCUGCGGCUUCCAUUUUACAACAGAGUGCCCUAAAUCUGGACGAUGUACAGACUGUGAAUGCAGAGGCGUUGGGGUCAUUGGCAUCAUUAUCUAUGAGAAGCUCAAGUCAGGAUCUUCAUGGGCUUACUUCUAGCAACAGCCUUUCCGUAGAAACAUCUACCCUGACACCAUCUGUCAGUCUUGGGGUAACUAGCUCUGUGCCAGAGGUACUGACACAGACCAAAGCAGACAGAAGCAUCUUACCCCCAUCAGAGGUCAUGGGUCAGCAAGAAGGAAGUAAAGUCGUGACACAGUUUGUAUUCCCGAACCCCACAGGCAGCUACAGCUCACAGAAGGAAACCGAAUACAAUGCUGGUGCUGGGAGCUCCUUACUGGACAGUGGUGGCUCAGCCAGGACGGAUUAUAGAGCCAUUCAGCUGGCGAAAAGCAAAAAACAGGGCUGUACCAACAACACAGGGUCUUCGCCUACACAAAGGAAAAGUAAAGGAGUGAAGCCAGGCCCAGCCACCCCAUCCUCUGUAAUCCCAGGCAGCCGGUUCUGUAGCGGUGCUGUGGUGCCUAACGUGGGCCUGACCUUGCGAGACCCAGCUGUUGGGUCACAGUUUGUGCAGAUUCAGCUUCUGCAGGAUGACCCAACAGCAGACGGGGACAUGCCAUUCCAACUGAAUGCCCAGUCACCCGCCUCACACUCACAGCUAACAGACUUGCCAGUUCAUAUCCUUCAGGAACCUGCCACCUCGACAGAAGACGAUGCCGCCUCUGAUAACUCCCAGUUCACAGGAAGCACAAUUAACUUACAGGACCUGGAAUAGUUUUUUUUUUUUUU